AUGGCAAGCUCCACUUCGCACCCGACGCUCUUCUCGCCGCUGAAGCUGGGCGAGACUCUCACGCUGCCCAACCGCGUCGUGAUGGCGCCGAUGUCGCGCGGCCGGGCCACGUCCGCGCUGAAGGCGAACGAGCUGAUGGCGGAGUACUACGCGUCGCGCGCGUCGGCCGGCCUGCUCAUCACGGAGGGGACCCACACGUCCGUCAUGGGGCGCGGCUGGUUCCACACGCCGGAGCUCGUCACGUCCGACGACGCUAAGGCCUGGCGCAUCGUCACGGACAAGGUGCACGAGGCCGGCGGCCGCAUCUUCUGCCAGAUGUGGCACGCGGGCCGCGCCAGCCACUCGGCCUUCAGGGAUGGCGAGGACGGGUACGAGGGAGAGAAGAAGCUGUCCGUCGCGCCGUCCGCGAUCAAGAGGGCGUCGGAAGCUGGCAAGCAGAGACACACGCCCAGGGGCGGGGAGGUCGAUGUCGAGACGCCCAGGGCGAUGACCGUCGAGGAGAUCGAGGCGCUGCCGGAGGAGUUUCGGAACGCCGCGCAGGUCGCCAGGGAUGGCGGCUUUGACGGCGUGGAGAUCCAUGGCGCGAACGGCUUUCUGCUGGAUACUUUCAUGCAGAGCUGCUCGAACCAUCGCACGGAUCAGUACGGAGGAUCGCUGGAGAACCGCUUCCGCAUUGUGGACGCGUGCAUCCGCGCUGUUCUGACGGUGUUCGAGCCGGAGUGCGUGGGGAUCCGCAUCGCUCCGAACGGUGUGUACAAUGGCAUGGGGAGCGACGACUUCCGCGAGUCGUUCCUGUACUACGCGAGGAGGUUCAGUGAGUACAAGCUGGGCUACAUGCACGUCAUGAUCGGGCUGGGCUUCGGCUUCCACAACAAGGGCAAGCCGAUGACGAUUGCGGAGCUGAAGAAGGAGUUCCCGGGACCGAUUAUUGCGAAUGUUGGAUUCGACGCCGACUCGGCAGAGAAGGAGCUGUCCGAGGGCGGCGCAGACUUGGUCGCGUUUGGAAGGCCGUUCCUCUCAAAUCCGGAUUUGGUCGAGAAGAUGCAGGAGGGGAGGGAAUUACGCCCGAUGCUUCCGAUGGAAUAUUGGUACACGAGUAAGGAAAAUGUAUGGACCAGUGAGGGCUACACAGACCUUAGCGUUAUGGAUGAACCGGUAGAGGCAAAGGAAUAGAUGUGGUAGUUUCCUUCUAGAAGUCCGUGUCGAUUUUAAUUUUGAUUGCAGAAUCCUAAAUGCCGAUGUUUUCAUACACAUCAAGCCUUUUUGUGUGUGUAUCUUUUCGUGACGGCAUGCUUUUAACUUGUCCCGGUACAGUAUCUGGUGGCUGUAACCGCAGCUGUAUGGCGCAUGCAUAUGCGUCUCCCCACAACAGCGGUGCCUCGCAGGUGCAUUGUCGGUUGAUCGUUGAACUGCUUCUUUGACGAAUUUUAGCUUCAGCGAAUAGGAUUGCCGCUACUUUGAUGACGCACCUGAUUCCCCAAACCUAAUGAUGCAUUAUCUACAGGCUAUCCCGCCUACUAUUUUAAGUAUUAGCUUAGCAACAUUAAAAUAAUGUCCAUCUGUGUAG